UACCUUCCAAAACACCGACUUGAACGGAACAGCAGGUCACAAGAGCCCCUUUCGUAACCAACCGUGGUGCUUCAGGUGAAAGUGUAGCCACCUCUCGACUGGUGGCCGGUCCUGUGCAAUGAUUGGAAUUAUUUGUUCCGGUGUACGACGCACCGCUUCCGUCCUCGCCAGCGCGACACAGGCCGCCGUUCGUCAGCAGUCCGUGCAAAAAGCGAAAGUGGUGUCCGGUAGUGCAAAUUACACGCAUCGUUCAAUCUGUGGAACUAUCGCACCCCGGAGAGUGCCGAUAACACCGGGUCCUGGCAUUCUGCUGAUGGGUUCUACCGGCAGUGUUACGUCGAAAAGAGAGAGAUCCUCUAGUAGCGGCACCGGCCAUCAGCCGCCUCAAGAUCUGACGAUGGAGAAAAAGGAAGAGCUGAUCGCGAAGUUAACGCCACUGCAGUACCACGUAACGCAGGAGGCUGGCACUGAGCGGCCAUUUACGGGAAAGUACAACAAAUUCUACGAAAAAGGUAUCUACAUUUGCGUGGUGUGCAGCCAGGAGUUGUUCAGCUCUGAAACGAAGUACGAUUCCGGUUGCGGUUGGCCUGCGUUCAAUGAUGUGCUUGACAAGGGCAAGGUGACAUUGCACACCGAUCCCAGCAUUCCCGGGGGAAAUAUCCUAUUGUUAAUCACACAACCAGGCCGAGUUCGGACGGAGGUACGGUGUGCCAAGUGCGCCGCCCACAUGGGCCACGUGUUCGAGGAUGGACCGCCACCGACCCGCAAACGGUACUGCAUUAAUUCGGCUUCGAUCGAGUUCAUGCCCGCCGGUUCUGAGCGCAAGGAUGGAUCGAGCUAAAGUGACCAGGUGCAAAAGAGCCACUUGAAGCAGAUGCCAGAGCAGCUAGCGGAGGGGGAAGAGGAGAAGAAGUCCUUGUCUUGUAGAUAAGGAGCAGAACGAUUGUAAGCUAAUUCAAGUGCCACGGAGAAGCAAUGAAUGGUGUUAGUGCCAGGAAGGGACGGAGCAGCGGUAGAAGCAUGAAUGCGAAAAUGUGCUGUAUCGCAUGUUCAACGUGGAAGCAGGAGCAUCACAUCACGAUAUUCUUCAAUGAAAAUAUAUUUAAAAUUCCAGCGCAGUUCAGAAAGGGUCUCUAGCUAAUGGCGUCGAUAGUACGCCUAACUUAUGAUGCAGCUUCUCGAACGUGCAGAGGUCAACGGACAAAUUACAUCUUUUCUAUGAGUAUCGGUGUCUUGUUGUAAUAAUCAACGUUUCCAUGUAAGAAAUAAAACCCAGUCAGAAUGUUUUUCUAACAUUUAUUACAAGAGAGUUCGCCCUUCGAAUCAGGAGAGAGUGUUCGGAGAGAAUCUGGUGAUGUACCAUUAAUGUGACCGCACUUUUCACAGCGAAUAAACGGUUUUGAUUGCUUUAUCAGCGUAGUAAU